UAGUUUGGGUAUCUGAGGAACUUGGAAUAUGGGGAUUUGAGAGCCAUUGUGUUGUUUAAUUUUGCUAGGAAUGGAAAUAGAGAUGUAAUGCUAGGAGGGAGCUUGUUCUUAAAGUGUUUUCAGCUGUGAUUAAGAAUGUUAUUUCUGAAGGUUCUUUGACAUUUUCCAAUUCAGAUUUGGAGAUGCAAAUGGUUUUAAUAGUUUGAACAAGGCACUGAAAGUCCACAGUAAGGUGGAACAGAUCAUAAUACAUUCUCCUUCCUUAUGUAUUAAAAACUCUGCAUCUGGAGAAAACCAGGACCGUUUUCAGGGUAUAGGUAAAAGUAGAUGAUUUUGCAGCAGUGCAGAAAGUGAUCAGGACUCAGGCUGGUUCCUGAUCAUGGGAAUGGCACAGAGUCAGUAUAAACAACUCCAUAUCAUGCCUGGCACUAGUGCCUUCAAGCAUGUUCUUCAUGAGACUUCCUGCCAACUGUCUCCUUCACCAGAAGCAGUAUAGCUAUGUUGGGAUGACUAAUUGGCACUAGAAUGAAAGCCAACCAGCCCACCUGAAGGCCUCUGUGGACUCCCCUGUGCAUCUGGGUUGGGAGGCAACUGAAUCAAUGUGGCAUGCUUGAAGGUGCUGCUACUGGAGAAGGUCUGAACACUUUGGAAUCCCCAACAAAUAGUCCUCUUCCUUCUGAUCACUCUGCUUGGAAUCUCACCUGGGUCAUGAAAGACUCUUCCCCUUUCUCCCGUCACAGAGGGCAACACAUAUUUGACUGCAACUUUGAAUCGUCUUGUGAGCUGGAAUACUCUCCUCCAUUGAAAGAUAAGGAAAGCAACAACCAGGCUUGGCAGAGAGUGAGUGCAGAGGAGAUUUCCCAGCUAAACCUUUUGGGUGUACCAGAAAGAGAUUACUCUGAGGAUUCAUCAAGAGGUUCAUUUCUGUUCCUUGAUGCAUCAUAUAACAUCAGCCCUGUCAUCCUGAGCCCCUGGCUGAGAAGCAGUAGUGAUCACUGCACCGUGCAAGUGGCUGUGUACAUGCAUCUCCAGCAAAAUGGGGAAUAUAUUGCCCGGAUCCACCCCAUUGAUGAAAGCAGCAGUGAAAUCCCAUUAAUCCCAAGUCAGGAGAAAAAUGGAUGGAUGCUGCUUCAGAAGAGAGUUGGACGUCUUGAGAAACCUUUUCGGAUCUCACUGGAAUAUACAGCUAGUGGGAACAGAAGCUUAGCUGCUGUGGAUUCUUUUGCAAUAAAGAACUGCACUGCAGGAUCUCCCCCUGCUUCCAAAAUGGUCCUUGAAGGCUUCUUCAGUUGCUGGAAUGGAACAGUGAUCAAACUGAGGCAAGCAUGUGAUUUCAUCAGGGACUGCACAGAGGGAGAGGAUGAGGGAGACAUUUGCAAAAAACUUCCUUCCAGUUUUUACUGUUCGUUUGAAGAAGGCGACUGUGGCUGGACACAGGGCUCUUCUGCUUCUCACAUUCCUCCAUGGCAGAUUGGGAACCCGGAGUACAGCCGCUUUCCUUCACUAGAAGGCUGCGCGCUCUUGCUGAACACCAGCGAGGCACCUGCAGCAGAAACAACCGUCGUGACCAGCGCUGUGUUUCCAGCUCCAAUUAGAAACUCCCCCUGUGAGCUCCGAAUGUCAUGGCUCAUCCAUGGCUCCUUUCUUGGAAACAUUUCCCUGGUUCUUGUUGAGAACAAAACAGAGAAAGAACAGAGUAAGACGUUCUGGCACUUUACAAACAACGAAGGCUUCGGAAUCUGGCAGUGGAUGGUCUUAGCUCUCCCAGAUGUUUCAGACAGGUUUUGGUUUCAGAUCAUCACUUCAUGGGAGGAAGAAUCUGAUGCCAUUAUUGCUUUUGACAAUGUUUCUCUUAGCCUGGACUGUUAUCUAACAAUCAAUGGAGAGAAGACACCUCAAGAUACCCCUCCAGACUCAAGCAAUCUGCUCACCAGUAGAGGUGGCCAGAAAAAGAUUGAACUGGAACACAAGAUCCUGGAGAACCUCUCGUUCGGCGCUCCUCCCACCUCUGGCCCCGCAGAUCAUUGGUUGUUCACGACGUGUGGUGCCAGCGGACCCUACGGACCCACUCAGAGCCAGUGCAACAAUGCAUACAGGAACUCCAACCUCAGUGUGAUUGUGGGGGCUGAAGGGAUUCUCCAGGGAGUCCAGAUCUGGAGAGUGCCAGCCACCAACACUUACAGCAUCUCAGGCUAUGGAGCAGCUGGUGGGAAAGGAGGAAAGAAUACCAUGAUGAGAUCCCACGGUGUGUCUGUGCUGGGGAUUUUUGACCUUCAAAAAGAUGAUGCCCUGUACAUCUUGGUAGGACAGCAAGGAGAAGAUGCCUGCCCCAGUACGAACCACGUUAUACAGAAAGUCUGCAUUGGAGAAAAUAAUGUGAUUGAAGAAGAGAUUCGGGUGAACAAAAGUGUCAGUGAAUGGGCUGGAGGAGGUGGAGGAGGUGGAGGAGCAACUUACAUAUUUAAGAUGGAGAAUGGAGAGCCAGUUCCCUUGCUAAUUGCGGCAGGAGGUGGUGGCAGGGCUUACAGGGCCAAAACAGACACGUUUCAUCCAGAAAGGCUGGAGAAUGAUUCUUCAGUUCCAGGUCUGAAUGGAAAUUCAGGAGCUGCAGGUGGCAAUGCGGCAGCGGAGAAUGACCCCGAGAUGGAUGGGGAGGACGGUGUGUCCUUUAUUAAUCCAAUGGGUAUCUUAUACACCCCGGCACUGAAAGUGACAGAGGGGCAUGGAGAGGUGGAUAUUAAGUUGCAUCUGAACUGCAGUCAUUGUGAGCUGGAUGAGUGCCGGGUUGAUCUGGAGACUCAGAAAGUGAUUUGCUUCUGCGAGCCUGGGACAGACUUGGCUGAGGAUGGUGUCUCUUGCAUAGCAGGCCCAGGAGUUCAUCUCCCCCUCUCCUUGGUCUUGUCUGUAGUGACUUCAGCCCUGGUUGCUGCCCUCAUUCUGGCUUUUUCAGGGAUCAUGAUAGUGUAUCGCCGGAAGCACCAGGAGCUGCAAGCCAUGCAAAUGGAAUUACAGAGUCCUGAAUACAAACUCAGCAAGCUGCGUACCUCCACCAUUAUGACAGACUACAAUCCCAACUAUUGUUUUGCAGGCAAGACUACCUCCAUCAGCGACCUCAAAGAGGUGCCUCGGAAAAAUAUCUCCCUCAUAAGGGGUUUGGGCCAUGGAGCCUUUGGCGAGGUAUAUGAAGGCCAGGUGAUUGGGAUGCCCAGCGACCCUAGUCCCUUGCAGGUGGCUGUGAAAACAUUGCCAGAGGUGUGCUCGGAGCAAGAUGAGCUGGAUUUCCUCAUGGAAGCUCUAAUUAUUAGCAAGUUCAACCACCAGAACAUUGUGCGCUGUAUUGGGGUGAGCUUGCAGGCGUUGCCCCGCUUCAUCCUGCUGGAGCUCAUGGCUGGAGGGGACCUGAAAUCCUUCCUAAGGGAGACACGGCCCAGACCGACCCAGCCCUCUUCCCUUUGCAUGCUGGACUUGCUACAUGUGGCUCGUGAUAUUGCUUGUGGCUGUCAGUAUCUGGAAGAAAACCAUUUCAUUCACAGGGAUAUUGCUGCCAGGAACUGUCUCCUUACUUGCCAAGGGGCUGGGAGAGUAGCUAAAAUUGGAGACUUUGGAAUGGCCCGAGACAUAUACAGGGCCAGCUAUUAUCGAAAGGGAGGCUGUGCAAUGCUGCCAGUCAAGUGGAUGCCGCCAGAGGCCUUUAUGGAAGGAGUAUUUACAUCAAAAACAGACACAUGGUCUUUUGGGGUAUUGCUGUGGGAAAUAUUCUCUCUUGGAUACAUGCCCUAUCCUAGCAAAAGUAACCAGGAGGUACUUGAGUUCGUAACAAAUGGAGGAAGAAUGGAUCCACCCAAAAAUUGCCCUGGCCCUGUGUAUCGUAUAAUGACCCAGUGCUGGCAGCACCAGCCUGAAGACCGACCAAAUUUUGCCAUAAUAUUGGAGAGGAUUGAAUACUGCACUCAGGACCCUGAUGUCAUCAACACUGCUUUGCCUGUGGAAUAUGGCCCAUGCAUAGAGGAGGAGGAAAAAGUCCCAAUGCGCCCAGAAGACCCUGAAGGAAUCCCUCCUCUGCUGGUCUCCCCACGCCAAGAAAGGAAGGAUGACAAGCAGGCCCUGCCUUCUCCACCCCCUCUGCCCACCACUGUUGCUCCUGGAAAGCCAUUGCUGAAGGUGGCAGCCUCUGAGCCACCCAUCCCUGCUAAAGUAUGCCCAGGCCUGGAAGGGGGCCAUAUCAGCAUGGCCUAUACACAGUCCAACCCAGCUUCUGAGCUUCACAAAGGCAGAGGGUCCCGAAACAAGCCCACCAACCUCUGGAAUCCAACCUAUGGCUCCUGGUUUGCAGGGAAGACGGGCAUCAAAAAUAAUUCCUUGCUGGAAAAAGAGGUGUCUGAGAGGGAGAAUUUGGGGCAUGAAGGAAACUGUACAGUGGGGCCCAGUGUGGUGACUGGCAGGCUACCAGGCUCCUCCCUGCUCUUAGAACCAUCCUCACUAACAGCUAGUAUUAAGGAAGUGCCUCUCUUUAGGCUCCGCCACUUCCCCUGUGGCAAUGUCAACUAUGGAUACCAACAGCAGGACUUGCCCUUGGAGGCAUCAGCACCGCCUUGUGCUAGCAACUACGAGGACUCUGUCCUUAGAAACAAGGGUCAUGUAGCCCAUCAAGGGCCUUGAGAGCACCCCAGAGCUCUUGACUUUCAUCCCACAUGGCCUGUGAGCCUUGAAGAGGUUAUCCGUGUUACCCACACACUGCAAGCAAAAGAGCAGACAGUGUUACUUCCCAUAUUGUGCCAACUGGCUCUAAAGUGCCACCUUUGGAAGCCGUGUUUUCCAAUAAACCAAGGGGCUUCAAAUCACAAGAGCCCAAGCUACAAAAAAAACCAAGGAGAGCGGAUAAUAAAUGUUCACUGCAAGGCCCAGCUUUCAGUUGCAUCAACUCAUUCGCAUGAUUGUUGUCGUGCCCUUUCCUGUGAGCUUCUUCUCAAUUGUGUGUGCUCUGCUUAAAUGUAAAGUCAUGACUCGCUGCUUGAGUGUUUCAUGUUUGGAGCUUUGCUUGCCAGACUGGUAAUUGCUAUGGAAUGGGACGUUUGGAAAUCUCCUCCAGAUGGCAGAGAUGCGAGGAGGGCUGGGACAAGCGUCACUCAUUUGAAACAAAUUGGACAAAGCAACUCUGGAUGGGAACACAACAGUACGUUCCCAAGUUGCAUUACAGCUAGAGCACAGUCUUCAAAAGUCCCUGAAUAUGCAGUAUUUGCAGUAUCACUGGCAAGGCAGAGGAAAGUUGCCAGCCUUACUGGAUGGUUUGUUUGUAAGGGAGGUGGGAAG